UUCUCUGAGAAACUCCCUCCGGUCUCUGGAAGUGUGUGUGUGUGCGUGUGUGUUGGUGAAGUGGUUCCAGAGUGGCAGAGAGAGUAUCCGGUCGACUCCUCCUACUGGAGUCCACUCCCCGAUGCAGUGCAUCAUGGGUCGACUCCUCCUACUGGAGUCCACUUCCGGAUGCAGUGCAUCAUGGCCCAACUCGGCAUGGGCUUCUGGAUGGCAGAUGCCUCCCUGCUUGGUGCGGGAUCCGGAUGCAGUGCAUCAUCACUUGACCUGGCAUGGAGUUUGGUACAUCCUUCUGCUCGGAGUGGAGUAUGCACUGCAUCAUGACCUGACUUGGCAUGAACCUAAAGGUGGCCGACACCUUCCUGUAUGGAGUGGACUCCGGGAUGCAAUGCAUCGAAACCUAAAGCGGUUUUUUGAUGUUUAUGCGACUGGUUGCAGAAAAUUAUUGGGGACACCAUCAUAUUGUACUUAUAACUUGGAGCUGGUCAUCAGGAUGCAGUGCACCAAGGGUUUUCGCAGUGAGUUCUUGAAUUAGACAGUAAAUAAUUAAGUUAGUAAUUUUAAGAUGAAAAAUACGACUUAAGGUAGGUUAGCUUUUUAAAAAAGAAAUCAAGAGCAACAGUUAAAAACCUGAAAGUAUUUAAGUAUGAAAGAAAUUCAAAAAGUAAAUUUGAUCAAAUAAUGAACUUGAAGUACAUGAAAAUCAAUUUUAAGAAAUAAUUGAAAACAAGUAGGGACAUAGUAUAUUAUAUAGUAAGAAUAGUUGUAAGAAUGCGGUUACCGGAGAUAUAUGCUGAUACCACCAAAAUGGACUGGAGAACAGGCUGCAAGAUCAAGGAUUAAAGGCGUAAUCUUCAAUUGAACUCCACUUCACAAUGCAGUGCAUCAUCUCAAUGGGGUGAUGACUAUACCUUUCUACUUGGAGUGAAAUUCAAGAUGCAUUGAAUCAAUAACCCAAAG